AUGAAGUCCAUUUUCUCAACCGGCGCCGUUGCGCUUUUGGCUUCAACGGGUUUCGUUAACGCCCAGUCGCCUUAUAGCAUUGCAUCCACAGCAACAGCCGACAUCAAGAAAUCAGCCAAGCAACUCGCCGCUGACUUGAUCACAUACUACCACGGAGACGACCCUGGCGGUAUUCCUGGUAUUCUACCUGGUCCUCCCCCCAAUGGUGACUACUACUGGUGGGAAGGCGGUGCUAUGUGGGGGACUUAUAUGGAUUACUGGAAGUGCACCGGCGAUUCUACCUACAACAAAGUGGUGAUGCAGGCCAUGCAGUUCCAAGUCGGCGAUGAUCAGGACUACCAACCUGCCAACGUUACUCUGUCCCUCGGAAACGACGAUCAAGGUUUCUGGGGAAUGUCUGCCAUGUUGGCUGCUGAGCUGGACUUCCCCAACCCUGCUUCAGACCAGCCUGGAUGGCUUGCCCUCGCCCAGGCCGUUUUCAACACUCAGGCCAACCCCGAUCGACAUGACAGCACUUGCAACGGUGGCCUUCGAUGGCAAAUUCCUCGAACUAACAACGGUUACGAUUACAAAAACAGUAUUGCUAAUGGUUGCUUCUUCAACCUGGGUGCCCGACUUGCUCGCUACACUGGCAACAAGACUUAUUCCGACUGGGCUGAGAAGACAUGGGACUGGGUGGAGGGCGUUGGUUUCCUUGACCCCGAAACUUAUAAGAUUUAUGACGGUGCUCAUGUCGGAACAAACUGUACCGAUAUCAACAAGGCUCAGUUCUCUUAUAACUCUGGCGUCUUCCUCCAAGGCGCUGCUUUCAUGUACAACUAUACCGAUGGUGAGCAAAAAUGGAAGGACCGUUUAGACAAAUUGGUCGACGCUACUAUCAGCAACUUCUUCCCCAAGGAUAUCGCUGUCGAGAUUGCGUGCGAGGACCACGGCACCUGCACUACCGAUAUGUACUCUUUCAAGGGCUACGUCCACCGCUGGAUGUCCCAGGCAACACAUCUCGCUCCCUUCAUCAAGCCAAAGAUCCUUCCUGUCCUCCAGACAUCAACCGAAGCUGCCAUCAAGCAAUGCACUGGAGGAGACAACAAGCGUACUUGCGGCUUUAAGUGGGCCAGCGGUGUCUAUGAUGGCAAGACAGGUGCUGGUCAGCAGAUGAACGUCCUUGCUGCUGUUUCGUCUCUGCUCAUGGAGAACACUCCUCCUCCUGUCACGGCUAAGUCUGGAGGUACCUCCAAGGGUAACCCCAACGCCGGCAACGUCGGAGACGGCAAGAUUGAUAGAACCUACAAGCCUUUGACCACUGCAGACAGGGCUGGUGCUGGUAUCAUCACUUUCUUGGUUCUGUCCUUCGCAUGCGGCAUCUUUGGCUGGAUGAGCAUGGGCAAAUAG